AUGGUGUUCACAACCGCAGCCGAGUUCAAUCAGGCCUUGCAAACCGUGCAGAAUACUUUUGCCGCAGGAGUCACCAAGGAUAAAGAAUGGAGACGACAGCAGCUGAAGCGGACAUGGUGGAUGAUUGAAGAGAACAAGGACCGCAUCGCAGCGGCCCUUUAUCAAGAUUUCCACCGCCACCGUCAAGAGUCCAUGUUUGCCGACUGUUCCGGUGUCCAGAAUGAUAUCUUACGCACACUUAAAAGUCUUGACGAGUGGACAAAAGACGACAUCCCUACCAGAUGGGAUAUUAUCAAUUUCAUGGGCAGCACAGUCGUUCGCAAGGAGCCCAAGGGCGUUGUCCUCAUCAUCGGGGCCUGGAACUUUCCCAUUCUGUUGCUUUUCCAGCCCAUGGUCGCUGCUAUUGCUGCUGGAUGCGCCGUGGUCCUUAAACCAUCGGAUAUGGCGACUGCUUGUCAGGACCUGAUGAUGGAGAUCAUCCCACAGUACUUGGAUCCUGAAGCGAUCCGUUGUGUCACUGCCGGUCCACAGGAAAUGGGUUAUAUCCUUGAGCACCGCUUUGAUCAUGUCUUCUAUACUGGAUCCGGAAACGUCGGAAAGAUUGUGUAUGCUGCAGCUGCAAAGCAUCUCACUCCCGUUACAAUGGAACUCGGUGGUCAGGGUCCAGCUAUUGUCACCCCGACAGCUAAUAUCGACCUUGCGGCCAAGCAUAUCGCAGCCACUAAAUUCCAGAACGCUGGACAGAUCUGUCUCAACGUGAACCACAUCCUCGUGAACCCUCAAGUUCACGACGCCCUAGUCAAGGCCCUGAUUCACCACUUCAACAUUUUCAUGGGCGGCGAAGACACUCGCCCCGAAUACUACACACACAUUAUCAACGAGCGCAACUUCGACCGUCUCGAUCGCCUCCUCAACUCAACAUCCGGCAAAAUAGUCUACGGAGGCCAACGCGACCGUUCAACCCGAUUCUUCGCGCCCACCAUCGUCACAGGCGUGAAACCAGACGACAGCCUUCUCACCGAAGAACUUUUCGGCCCCAUCCUCCCCAUCCUCGAAGCAGACCUAGACACCGCCCUCGCCUUCACCAGAGAAACCGGCCAACCCCUCAGCGCAUACGCUUUCACCCAGAACCACGCCGAGAAAGAACGACUCCUCAACGAAAUCCAAACCGGAGGCGUCACUUUCAACGACUGCAUGCUUCAUGCCGGCGCACGGGGUGCCCCCUUCGGCGGAACCGGAUCCUCGGGUUUCGGAUAUUACCACGGCGUACAUGGAUUCCGCGAGUUCUCUUACCUGCGCACGGUCACGAAUGCUUUCCCACCGUGGAUGGAGUCGCUGAUGGAUGCGAGGUAUCCGCCUUAUUCGGCGAAGAAGAUUAAGGCAUUUGCCCCGAGUGUGACACCUCCGUUUGAUCGUGAGGGGAACGAUAUUUCGCAGAGGAGCUUGACGAAGUGGGCGCUCGGCUUGGGUGUGUUGGCGCUUUCGGCGGUGAAGCUGGGCGUGCAUGAGCAGAUUUUUGAUCUGGCUUCGGAGUGGCUGUAG